GCGGGACUCGUGAAGCUGCGCUGGGGCCGGGCUCUGGGAGGACCGGCGCAGCCGCGCGGAGCCUUUGAGGCCCUCCCUCGGUGUUUUUUCCCAGGGCGUGGGCUUGCCCCGCGCGUGUCUGUGGAGGGCGGAAACAGCGGAGGGGCCGGUCUCCUGGCGAAGGGGCCUAAUCCUUGCCCGCCAUGUCCGGGGGCUUCGAGCUGCAGCCGCGGGACGGCGGUCGCCGGGUGGCCCUGGCGCCUGGGGAGACGGUGAUCGGCCGCGGGCCGCUGCUGGGAUGUCAGUGAAGCUUACUUCAAAGAAAGACAGAGAUAACAGACAAGAGAGUAUCCAGAAGACAUGCCAUUCUUGAGGUGGCAGGUGGUCAGCUGCGAAUCAAACCGAUACACACAAAUCCAUGUUUUUACCAGUCUUCAGAGAAGAGUCAGCUCUUACCAUUGAAGCCAAAUCUAUGGUGCUAUUUGAAUCCUGGAGACAGCUUUUCUUUGUUAGUUGACAAAUACAUUUUCCGCGUUCUCUCUAUACCCUCUGAAGUGGAAAUGCAAUGUACCUUAAGAAACAGUCAAGUGCUUGAUGAAGAUAAUAUAUUGAAUGAAACACCAAAAUCCCCCGUGAUUAAUUUACCUCAAGUGCUUGAUGAAGAUAAUAUAUUGAAUGAAACACCAAAAUCCCCCGUGAUUAAUUUACCUCAUGAGACUACUGGUGCCUCACAACUGGAAGGAAGCACAGAAAUAGCCAAGACCCAGAUGACUCCCACAAAUAGUGUGUCUUUCCUAGGUGAAAAUAGAGACUGCAGUAAGCAGCAGCCAAUCCUUGCCGAGAGGAAAAGAAUCCUUCCAGCUUGGAUGUUAGCAGAACAUUUAAGUGAUCAAAACCUUUCAGUACCAGCAAUCAGUGGAGGUAAUGUAAUCCAGGGAAGUGGAAAAGAAGAAAUCUGCAAAGAUAAAACCCAGCUAAACACAACCCAGCAAGGAAGAAGGCAAUUAAUUUCAUCAGGAAGUUCAGAAAAUACAUCAGCAGAACAAGACACAGGAGAAAAGUGCAAAAAUACUGAUCAGAAAGAGUCUACCAUUUCAUCCAAGGAAAUGCCACAAUCAUAUUCUGCAAUCACAUUAAGUAAUACAGAGAUGAAUAAUAUUAAGACUAAUGCACAGAGAAACAAACUUCCAAUAGAGGAACUUGGUAAAGUUUCUAAACAUAAAAUUGCCACUAAAAGAACACCACAUAAAGAAGAUGAGGCAAUGAGCUGUUCUGAAAAUUGUUCGAGUGCCCAGGGCGAGUCAUUUCAGGAUGAGUCUCAAGGGUCUCAUUCUGAGUCCAGCUCUAAUCCCUCCAAUCCUGAAACUUUGCAUGCAAAGGCAACUGAUUCAGUUCUACAAGGUUCUGAAGGAAACAAGGUCAAGAGGACAUCCUGCAUGUAUGGGGCAAACUGCUAUAGGAAGAAUCCUGUUCAUUUUCAACAUUUUAGCCAUCCUGGUGAUAGUGAUUAUGGAAGUGUACAAAUCGUGGGCCAAGAUGAGACUGAUGACCGGCCUGAAUGUCCCUAUGGACCAUCCUGUUAUAGGAAGAAUCCCCAGCACAAGAUAGAAUAUAGACAUAAUACGCUUGCAGUGAGAAAUGUUUUAGAUGAAGAUAAUGAUAAUGUUGGGCAACCCAAUGAGUAUGACCUGAACGACAGCUUUCUAGAUGAUGAGGAAGAAGACUAUGAGCCAACAGAUGAAGAUUCUGACUGGGAACCAGGAAAGGAAGAUGAAGAGAAGGAAGAUGUGGAAGAGCUUUUGAAAGAAGCAAAAAGUGUCCUCCCAGGAAAACGCCAAGAUUCUCCAAGACACAAGACACUUUCGUAUCCUAAGCCCUGUUCUGUUUGUUCUUGUGUAGUAAAUUGGCAAAUUUGGCAGUACAGAAGACAUCUCUAAACUGAUGUCACAAAGAAUCAUGUCUGGCCCAUACAGAGUAUUCUAACUAACCAUGUAAGCCACUAGAAUGUUAAACUAAUGCUCUGGCACUGAGGUGGGUAUCUUGAGCAUUUGUGACUUUACAGUCUAUUAUCUGUAUUGGUUAAAAUAUAUAUGAACAUAUGCUAAUAUCACAUUAAUGAAUUCUGUAAAAGGUUAUUUUAAGACACUCUGUAUUUAGAAAAAUACCUAUACCAAAACUGCUAAUAGUGGAAUUAGUAAUAAAGGUAAGUGUGAGAAAUUUUGUUUUUUAUAUUUCAUAUGGUUUGAAAUUGUUUUUACAAUACAUAUGACUUUUGUGACUACAGACAAAACUUGAAGACAUUGUGUGUGUGUGUGUGUGUGUGAAGCCAUUCUUGCAUUACUCUAAAUAAAUACCUGAGACUGGGUAAUAAGAAAAGAUGUUUAAUUGGCUCACAGUUCUGCAGGCUCUAUAGGGAACAGAGUGGCAUGUGCUCCUAGGGGGACCUCAGGAGCUUCCAAUCAUGGCAGAAGGCAAAACGGGAGCACUCUGGCACAUCACAUGGCAAAAGCAGGAGUAAGAGGGAGCGGGGAGAUGCCACACAACUUUAAAGCACCAAAUCUCGCAAGAACAGCACCAACAGGAUGGUGCUAAACCAUUCGUGAGAAAUUCACCCCUGUGAUUCAAUUUCCUCCCACUAGGCCCCAUUUCCAACAUGGGGGAUUACAAUUUGACAUGAGAUUUAGAGAGGACACCUAUCCAAAUUAUAUCACAUUGAAAAUAUAUACAUCAUGUACUAUGCCGAGUUAAACAUUACGUGCGCGCACACACACACACAUCCUUGUUCAUGAAGAUAGUAUUUGAUGCUGUGACAAAGAGAAAGAGAAAGAGAGAAAGCAGGCACAGGUGAGCAGGAGCUCUGGACACACCUGAGCUUGGAUAAGAUGACAGCAUCGACAAGGAAAAAGCUGAUGAAAAGGCCAAGGAGUUGAGGGCAAGGUGCUUCCAUACAAAGUGGUGUUUUUGUCUUAGCAAUUUCAACUCUUUAUUCAAACUCUUCUUACUAAGUGGUGGCUUCCAUUCUACUUUACAUACUUUAUAGAAAGUCUUAGUCCUUUUUGUCUCAAUAUUCCCAGUCCUCUCGUUUUCACAGUGCUCUGUAAUUACUGGUUAAUAAACAUUGAAGGUGGUUUCAUUAGGCCAACUGUAUUGCUACAGCCUGGCUUUUGGCCAGUAAUAAAAGGGGCUUUGGCAUGUAUUUCACUCCUUCCCAAUAUACACAUGCAUGCACACACACACAUACACAUGCACAUGCAACUUGAAAAUGAUCUGAAUGUAAGACAAGUUUUGAAAUUUAUUCAAUACACCACAUGAAAGACUAAUUACACAUUUUAAACUAAAAUCUCCUAGGUGUAAUUUGAGUUCAUCCUUCUCCUGAGCAUGUCUCUUUUCAAGUACAGGCGGUCAGCACAGAACUCAGACACUUGACUUGACUUCAAAUGAUGUCACCUUCUUGGCCCGGUACCUCUGACUGUUUUCCUGGCGGCAGCUCAAACAAAUGUCAGGCAGAUCUAAAAUCAGAAAAGGGGAAAAUGGUUGUGUGGAAUCAACUGCAUCAACCUAGAUUUAUUACAAAGCAACUCUGGGCAGAAUGCAGUAAAGGCUGAAGAAUCUGAAAAAGCUCAAGAUACUUACAAAGUUACAGUGUUUAUUUGAAUUCUUAAUUCAAUUCACUAAUCCAGUUUCCAUGUUUACAGUUUAUGUUCUUGGCUAACUUGAUAGACAGAAUGGUAUCUCAUGUUUUUAGGUGGCAUUUCUUUGAUUACUGGUAAAGAUAAGCAUUUUAAAAUACAUUGUAUUGUUAUUUGUAUUUAUUUUGUGUUAAUUGUCUAUUUGUGUAUUUUGUGUAUUUUGCCCAUUGUCUUUUGAGAUAUGAGUGUUUUCCUUCUUAGAAUGUAACAUUACUUCGUAUAUUAAGGAUGUUGACCUUUUGUUUGCUAUAUCCAUCAUAUUUUUUUUGGUUUGACAUUUAUCUUUUAGUUUUGUUUAUGAUUUUGCUGACUUCCAAAUGUUUGCGUUUUAAUGCAGAAAUAUCUAUCAAUCUUCUCCUUUGGAAUAUAAUCUAUUGCCUUUUUUGUGCAUAGUAAAGCCUUCACCACUCUGAAAUCAGAUAAAUGUUUAUCAAUAUUUUCUUUCA